GUUGAUAUUAUGGAUGAUUAGCAUGUAUGUCUGCAUCAGAAUCAAAUUUAAAGAAACUAGACAUAGAGUAAACACAAGCCAUUCGUUCAUGUACCGGAGCAUUUAAGACACCCCCAGUCAGUAUCUGCACUACAGUCCCUCCAGCUGGAUUCACUUAUUAAAUCUGUGUGAACUACAAUGACUCGCCAUGGAAAGAACUGCACGGCUGGAGCAGUCUACACAUACCACGAGAAAAAGAAAGAUACAGCGGCAUCUGGCUACGGGACACAGAGUAUUCGACUGGGUAAAGAUGCAAUCAAAGACUUUGACUGCUGCUGCCUGUCUCUGCAGCCCUGCCAGGAUCCUGUGCUGACUCCUGAUGGAUACUUGUAUGAAAAACAGGCCAUUCUUGAAUACAUUCUGCACCAGAAGACAGAAAUUGCCAAAAAAAUGAAGGCAUAUGAGAAGCAGAAGCAAGCACAGAAGAGUAACAGCCAGCUUGAGUCCAAGUCAGAGGAAAGAGAGAGAGUGGAGAAGUUCAAAACCAGGGAGAACAGCAUCGUCUCCAAACCCAUCAACCCUUUCACCUCUGGGCAAAGCAAAGGAAGUGAGAAGAGCAGGACAGACAGCAGCUCAGCAGAAUCUUCCAGUGCUGGAAGCAGUUCUGCUGUUCCUUCUUCCAGCCAGAGCCUGCCCAGUUUCUGGAUUCCCUCACUGACACCAGAGGCCAAGCCCACCAUGCUCAAGAAACCAAGUAAGGCUGUGUUAUGUCCCAUGUCAGGACGUCCCAUUAAGAUGAAUGAGCUUAUCAAAGUGCGCUUCACCCCACUGGACCCAAGCCUGGACAGAGUGGCCCUGCUUACCCGCCAGGACAGGUAUGUAUGUGCAGUAACCAGAGAUGUCCUUGGCAACAGUGUCCCCUGCGCUGUUCUACGACAGUCGGGGAUCGUCGUCACACAGGAGUGUGUAGAGAAAUUGAUCAAGAAGGACAUGCUUGAUCCUGUUAGUGGAGACAAACUUUCUGACAAAGACAUCAUACCACUGCAGAGGGGUGGAACUGGCUUCGCUGCCUCUGGGGUUGACCUCCGUGCCAAAGAGGCUCGUCCAGUGAUGCAAGUGUGAGCCGACAGAAGAUCUGAGGAUUGUGGUGUUGUCACAAUGAUUCCAUGUUCUUGUAACAGAUUAUUUCACCCCGCCUCUUGUCAGCUUUCACCUAUUUCAGUGCCCUUUGUUUUUUGCUGAUAUGUUUUCUUCCAAAUGGCAAUUGCAUUUUUUUAAUCCUUUUUUUUGCCACAGUCCAUAAUCAAUGUUUUGUCAGUCAUGUAAAGUGGUUUCCUCCUGAAUAAAUUGGAAAUGUUAUUUCUCCAUUGUUUUUAAAAGGUGAUGACAUCUUCACUGACUGUGUCUAUGUUCUAAGUUAGUUAUCUAAGAUCAUUAUUUCUUUCACUCAGCAGAGCCUUAUGGACACUGAAUACUGAAAGAAAAGUCCAUAAAAAACAACCUGAACCCUCUAUCAAGAUUCAAACCUGCUGUACCUGAUUGAUUUUGCAUCAUGACUGUGUUCAUUUUAAAGCAUAAGAGAAUGCUAUGUUUGGAAAAUGUGUUCUGUAUAAAGUACAAAAUAUUGAAAUUGGUUAGAUCUCCAAAAAAUAAAACCAAAAAUACUAAAUAGUCACACUGCUGCACGGGGUGAAAUCUUUAGACGUAACUGUAAAAAGUAGUGUUAAGAUUGUAACCCUUGUAUGUGGGAAUGCAGCUCUAUUUACAGAGCUUUGCUAGCUAGUUGUGCUACCCUAAUGUGACGACUUGACUUUUUGAGAAAUGCACAAUGUAGCACAAAGUCAGGGGAUUGUGAUUUGUAGCAUGCAAAUUUAAUGCCAAUGACUCCAGUCACCUAUUACAGAGACUGGAAUAUUUAAAAGGCAUUAGAGGAUUUGCAUUAAGCUGGUUUAAGUCCUAUUUAUCAGAUCAAUUUCAGUUUGUAUGUGCAUGAAUCUUCCCUCAGGGUUCAGUGCUUGGGCCAAAACUGUUCACUUUAUGUAUGCUUCCUGAGGAUAAUAUUAUUUGGAAAAACACAUGUUCAUUGUUAUGUAGAUGAUGCAGCCAGAUGAAUCCAAGCAGUUAACUGAAUUCCAAGCAUGCAUUAAGACAUAAAGACCAGGAUGACCUGCAAUUUUUUUGAUUUGAUUGAAUUUUUUUUUUUAAGCUCAGAGAAAACCUUAGUUGUUGAUGUAUUACACAUUACUCGUAAAACAAAAAGUAAUUUGUUACUUUACUUAAUUAUUCCCUGUGGAAAGUAAUCAAUUACUUGUUACAUUACUUUUGCAUAUCUCCAUAGCA